CAUAAGGGGGGGGCGGGACCUUGCAGGUGAAAACUGCGGAAGCGGAAGUCGUCGUGUGAGUGUCGUCUCCUCGAAGAUUCCUGAAGCUCCUCUCAGCUCGAAGGAUCUGGUUUCUGGCAUCCUGAGACAAGCCAAUGCAGUCAGGAGGAAGAGAGACCAGCAGGAUGUACGCGCACUGAAGGGAGAGGACAGCUACGACUGGACUACAUCAGAAUAAGUCUACACGACAGCACAGACAUUUUACACAAGAUCGCGGUGGUUUGAUUCUCCACCAACUCAACCAGACACCAUGACGUCCUCUAUGCUGCGCCGACAGCUGAAGAACCUGGUCCAGAACUACUCUGAGGCAGAGGUCAAGGUGAGAGAGGCAACAUCUAAUGACCCAUGGGGCCCAUCCAGCUCUCAGAUGGCUGACAUCUCCGAUCUGACCUACAAUGUGGUGGCCUGCAACGAGAUUAUGACGAUGCUCUGGAAACGCCUGAAAGACGACAAGAACUGGAGGCACAUCCACAAGUCGCUGACACUGCUGGAGUACCUGUUAAAGACCGGCGAUGAUCGUGUGCUCCUGAAAAUGAAAGACAACAUCUACAUUGUCAAAGCCCUCACAGAGUAUCGCUUUGUGGAAAAGGAUGGCAAAGAUCAGGGAACAAAUGUCAGAGAGAAGGCCAAAGUUGUCCUUGUUCUUAUGGAGGACGAUGACAAACUAAAGGAGGAGAGAGACUUUGCCGUCAAAACCAGAGAGAAGACGUCAAAAGGUUCUGCUGCCUCAUCCACAGACACCAUUAAAGAUCCCAACUACAAGCCAUGCUAUAUGGCCGGGGCCAGUGGGCUCCCAUCCUUAGACAACAUACCCUCAGUGGCUGACUUGACUGCUUCCUUCCAGGCCCGCAAAGAGGAGCGUCUUAGACAGGAAGCAGAGAAGAAAGAAACUGAGAGGAGGGCCAAGAUGAGUGAAGAUGAGCUGAAAUGGGAGGAUGCAGGCAAAGACCCUAAUGUUAAAGUAGCUGCUUGGGGAGAAGACAAAGCAGAGGAGGAAGAGGUGAAAACAGAUGCAUGGGGAGCCCCCAAAGAGCCUAAAGAGGCCACAGAUCCAUGGGGCACACCCGCAAAACCUGAUACACCAACUGAUACAGAAUCCAGCAGUGAUCCUUGGGGGGCUCCAACUAAAACUGAAGAAGAUCCAUUUGCAGCACCAAAAACCGAUGAAGAUCCAUUUGCAGCACCAAAAACUGACAAAGAUCCUUUUGCUGCACCUAAAAAUGGAGAGGAUCCAUUUAGUGCAUCAAAAGACGACCCUUUCAAUGCACCAAAAGAUAGUUUAGACCCCUUUGGUGCACCCAAAGACAAGGAGGAUCCAUUCACUGCACCAAAGGUUAAACCAGAUCCCUUCAGUUCGUCUAAUAAUGAUCCGUUUAAUGCUCCCAAAGAUGAUCCAUUUAAUGCUCCAAAGGCCGAUCCUUUCAGCACCCCUAAAGACGACCCCUUCAAUGCCCCAAAGGACGAUCCCUUCAACUCCCCAAAGGAUGAUCCCUUCAAUGCCCCAAAGGACGACCCCUUCAACGCUCCAAAAGACGAUUCUUUCAAGACCCCAAAGGAUGAUCCUUUCAACUCCCCAAAAGAUGACCCAUUCGGUACCCCAAAAGAUGAUCCCUUCACCGCACCAGCAUCGACACCCCCUAAAGAAGACCCAUUUGCAGCACCAGCAUCAACACCCCCUAAAGAUGACCCCUUCACUGCUUCUGCAACUUCGCCUAAAGAUCCUUUUGCAGCACCAACAACACCACCUAAAGAGGAUCCCUUCUCUGCACCAUCCAAACCUACAAAAGAUGACCCCUUCGCUUCACCAACAACACCCCCGAAAGAAGAAGCAGUGCCAUCCAGCCCACCAAGAGAUGAUGCCUCAGAUCCCUUCAAUGCUCCUCCACUGAACUCACCCCAAGGCAGUGCAGAUGCAUGGGGAGCCCCUGCCAGCUCACCACCCGCCACCGGGGAAGAUCCCUGGGGUGCUCCAUCUGCUCCAAGUGGAACAAAGGGUGGAGAUCCUUGGGGGGACGGGACAAGCGCCUCCUCACCCAUUGGUAAUUCUAGUGGUUUUGGUGAUGCAUCAGACGCAUGGGGAGCCCCAGCUGCAGCUCCAGUUAGCACAGAUGAUGCAUGGGGAUCACCUGCUCCACCCCCAGACACCUCCCCAUCUAGUGACCCCUUUGGAGACGGAGCAUCUAAAAAAGGUGAUCCUUGGGGUGCACCUAGCAACGGGACAGGAGUGCAAACCACGCUGGAAAAGGAGACACACAAAAAGACUGCUUCAUUUCUGGGCUCUGCUGGGGCAUCGCUUGUCGACUUGGACGAUCUAUUUUCUUCUAACCCAAAACCCCAACUGCGCCCCCUCGCCAAUACGUUCGCCACCCAGGCACAAGCCAUCGGUGCUUUCAAAGCCAGGGGCCCUGUGGUCAGAUCAGGGGCUGUUACAGGGGUGUCCCUUCCCGAAACAUCCGCUCCAUUCUGCGCUCCUUUUGGUUCCACCCUUGCUCCCUCCUUUGGUGCAACUCCUCCCACUUUUGGAGCUGCUAAUCUUGCCAGUGAACCUCCCCUGUUUCAGCUACCAUCCCAUACCGCGGGAGUGUCUUAUUCUGGUUUAAACAUACUUCAGGCAGCUCCUCUGUGUUCAGCAACCGGAAUGGUACAGUCCUCUGUUUCUGUGGGAGGGGGUCCACAAGUUGGAUUUAACAUGAACCCCCAAUAUGGAGGAGGAGUGGUGCAGUCUGGAUCUCUGGAGGGGAAUCCUUUGGCAGACCCCUUCUUACUUGGAAUGGGUCAGUCCGGUUUCUUUGGAGGGAAUCACCAAGCAUUGGGAGGAUCCACUCCACAGGCCGGGGGUGGAGUCCCCUUGCAGCCACAGUUGCUCUCAGGCAGCGGGAAGGGUGACACAGCGAACCAAAACAACAAUCCAUUCCUGUUCUGACAGCUUGUCAUGUAAUCGUUCAUACCUGAUGCAUACAUCAUAUUAACUACCAAUUACAGUGGCUCGUUUUGCAUGUUUUAACCUUUAAAUGUGCUUCCAAAGCAUCCUGAGAUUUUCGAUUGUUUUCCAACAUACCCCCGAGUCAGUCAUUGCUUUGGGUUACUUUCAUUAUCGUCAUCAUCCAAUGGGUUUUGAAGUCCAUGAAGAUUCUCAGUCGUCCAGGUCAUCUUUCUUUGACAAGAGUUCAAUCUUGGGAAAUUGGACUUGGUUGUAGAUCUGUGAAGACAUUUCACCUCUCAUCCAUUCUUCAGUUCUGGUGGACUGGUGGAGAGAUCCGAUUAUCCAGCCUGGACAAGAUCAUUGAUCAGGCCAUUGGUUCAUUACGGCUAGUACAACAACGAGCACCAACGAACCAAGUGGAAACAAUGGCCUAGUCAAAGAUCCCGCUCCCAAACAGUCAGUCAGAACUAAAGGAGCUUCUUGGAUGAGAGGUGAAACUUCUUCAUACAUCUGCAACCAAGUACAGUUGGACAUGGCCUACAAAAACCAAAAGGAAACUUAUGGAGGACAAGUAAAGGCAAGCAGAUCUAUCAUACAGCGCUUCUCAACAACAAGACAAGGCUAUCAAAGUGUUUGCAGGACAAACCAUAAGUAAACAUGAUCAUCAAAAAGAUCUUGUGACUUUGGCUGUUUCUUGCAAUAAAAGUUGCUUUUCAGGUGCAGGUCAGAUGUCAGAAUAUCCGUGAAUUCACCAAAGACCAAAAAUCUUUGAGUAUCGUCUCUGCUUGAAACUGAACUAGCAUGUAACAACAGCAUUACGUUGAAGUUGUAGAACUUUUUUGUUGAAUUUUUCAGGCUAAAACAUGCAAAACCACUUGUAUCAUCCUUUGAACCCAUCACAUCCCCCCUGAGAUCUACACAUUAGCCCGGGUUUAAAUGUAUGCAGCAUAGUGCAUUAACAUAAUACUGGAUCGUCCAGUCCUAUUCUUCUUCAUGCACAAGAAAACAGAAAGCACCUGUGUGUGUGUGAGUGUCUAUGUGGAAACACUGAAGAAGUGCUGUGUAUUUGAGUGUUGUAUGACUCUGUAAAACAUUAACUGAUCCGAGGACGACGUUAAAAGUGUGCAUGUGUUUGUAUAAGGCGGAGUGUGUGUGUGUGUGUGUGUUUGCAAUAUCUAUUGUGCUGAUGUAAAUAGUGGAAGUAAUCACAGAUAAACCUUGAAAUAUACUGUAUAUUAGAGUGUUACGAAAUCAUGAGUAACUAUUUAUUGAUCUAUUUAUUGACUGAUUUAUUGCUUGAUUAUUUAUUGAUGCAGCAGUGACCUCCAAGAACGACAGGUCUCUAUGGAAAGUCUGACAGUUCAAAUGUACACAACUUUCAAGUGUUGACAUUAACAACCCAGAGGCUUAACCUGAGAUAGGAACAAACGCCUGUUUGAACUGGAAAAAUGGUCAAGUGUCUGGAAACAAGAUCACAUUGCUAACGUGUUGUCGUGUUAAUAAUGAAAAAUCAAUGCGUUCACGACACAAUAUCGUGCUCAAGAAAAGUUCAGACAAUUCUUGACGCGUAAAAACAUGAGUUUGCGCAUCAACAACGCGUUAACGUGCUGUCAACAAAUGAGUUAACGAUGUGUAAAAAAAAUUAACUGUUUGCGUGUUCGCAAUGUAUUGUCAACAGAAGCAAUAACACGUAAAAAAUCAGCCCAUUAUUGACCUGUUAAAGCAUUGUCAAGAAAUCUCAACGUGUUGACAGUCAUGUAUAUUUGAACUGGCUUGGCUUUCCAUAGGUUUCCUUACACCUGAUGGUCACGUGCGAUGUCGGGCGUGAUUGGCUGUUCAAACACUACUUUAUCAAUCAACUCGGUAACCGAUGGUGGCUUUUUCAUCCCUGUUUAGAUUUGUGGGUUCAUUGUGUAAUCGAACACGUCUUUGCUGGCUUUAGACAAGAAACAUAAGUGUGUAUUACUGUACUGAUGUUUAGCUACGGCGUUGGCUGAAUAAAAACCGAAUUUGAACAUAUCUUGAACUCUUUACCGUGCAUGCUGUCUGCGUGUGUAUCCACCCCGCUACAUGGUUGGUUUGUUGAACACACACCUGUAUGAACGGCUCCACUUCACCUUCAUGUAGCUCCGCAGACCGGCAGCUGCUGUUUCCUUGUGGCUGGAGAUGAAGUUCUGAGAUGUAGAAAUCAUCAACGGUAGCAGGAUUAAUCCGAGAUUUCAGUAAAUCAAAGCCAACCUGAGAGGUCACAUAAGUUUAUAAUUGUUGGCGUUCUUUGUGUUUCAUGGGCCUGUACACGUCUUUCAUGUAUUUUUCAACUCCUCUAAAUGUGAACUCUGGUGGAAAACUUCAAGGAGUUAUCGUAGAACAAGACGAGGACGGAAACACUAGUCCAUACCACUACUAUUAUUAUUAUUAUUUAAUUUCUCAAAUUUAAUUUUGUAUGAAAUGAAUUUAUUUUGCUGUGUAUUUAAAUUUGAAGCUGUGUUGUAAACUGUGACAGUAUACAGUAUACAUUUGAGAAAUAAAAUGAUGAAGUG